CAUUUAAUUUCUUUUUGCACACAUUAAAAAAAAAUGAGUGACAAGAUUCAAAGCGAUAUUAUUGAGCAAGGUGAUUUUAAAAAUGAUCAAGCAACAGAGUGCUCGAUCAAUCCACCCAAGUUUCGUAAAGCCGUGUAUCUAUCGGCUAUUGUUGCUGCUGUCGGUGGGUUCAUUUGUGGCUAUGAUACAGGUGCUGUCACUGGAAUUACUGCGAUGCCCUUAUUUCAAUCAAAUUUCUUUACAGAAGAUAAUAUUGACUACCUUCAAGGAUUACUGUUUGCCUUGUAUCUAAUGACAGCUGCCAUAGGUGCAUUCUUUUCUGGCUAUCUCUGUGAUCGAUUUAGUAGAAAAUAUUCAAUUAUUGGAGCAUCCGCAAUAUUUAGUUUUGGUAUUCUGUUACAGAUCAUUGGUGUUAACUUUGGGAUCUUGUUAGCUGGUCGAAUUGUGGGCGGUUUUGGUUCUGGAUUGAUGACAAAUGCAAUCCCUCUCUAUCAUUCUGAAAUAUCCCCUCCUGACAUCCGUGGUCGCCUCAUCAGUUUCUUUACUCUCAUGGCUACCUUUGGUCAAGUGGUUGCUUACUUUGUCACAUUUGGCACGAGUUAUGUGGAUUCAAAUUGGUCAUGGCGCGGUCCUUGGCUUAUCCAUCUCGUCUGCAGUGUCUUAUUUGGCAUUAUUAUCACUACAUUACCUUUCUCCCCUCGUUGGUUGAUUGACAAGGGAAGAUACGAAGAAGCAAAGCAAGUCUUGAUCGAGCUUCACCAGGUUCCCGGUAACCAUCCUCUAGUGACUGAAGAAUAUAAUAACAUUGUCGCAGAGAUAGAAUUUGAACGUUCUCUGGGCAAACGUACGUACCUUGAACUCUUUCAAGGCACAAAUCGUAAGCGUACGUACAUUGCCUUCUUCGUUUCGAUCUCGACCUCGUUUACUGGUAGUGUUGCUAUAUCCUAUUAUAUUCCUCAAAUCUUCCAAAAUGCUGGGUUGGUAGGCUCUUCUGUUUCUAUUGCAACAACAGGUGGUACCGGUCUUUUAUCCUUGCUCGUUGCCUUUAUUUGUCUGCAAUACUUCAUUGACCGAUGGGGUCGUCGUUUCGUGUUUCUUUUGGGGGCUUCUGUGAUGGGUAUUAGUAUGUUUAUUGUCGGUGCCAUGUUCCAAGCGUAUACAGUGGUGAACGUUGAGACAUACGAUGUGGCAAUCACCAAUCAUUAUGCUCGUAAUACAAUCAUUGCAUUUCUCUAUAUCUUUACAGCUGCUUAUGCCUUUAGUUGGGGAAUUGCUUCCUAUGUUUAUCCUGCCGAGAUUUUCAAUAUGAGAACGCGUGGUAAAGGGUUGGCACUGACUUAUGGCUUGAAUUGGGCAUUUUCUAUCUUGAUCACAUAUUGUGUACCUCUGUUUCUGGAGCACACUGUGUCUGGUGUCUACUUUUUCUUCGGCGCUUGCUGCUGUGUCUGCUUCAUUGGAUGUUGUUUCAUUCCUGAGACAAAAGGAAAAACUCUUGAAGAAAUGGAAAUACUCUUUGGAAACUAAUAUGGUAAAAGCAACAAAGUUGUGUGCCCAUUUAAACAUCGUUGUAUGUACUAUGCAUUUUUACUAACUCUCAUUUCUCCUAGCUUUAUAAUAAACAGGUCACGAGAGGCUGGUAUGUAUCAGUGGACGAAAUAAUGGCUGGAAACUGUUAUUUCAUUCACAGUGAGUUACUGUCUCUUCUGUGGGGAUUUUUUUAAUCAUCAAAUGCAUCAAGGGGUGCCUUUCGGCUAUCUUUUUUUCUAAAAGGGUAGUUGUUAUGGCUGAGAGUUUAUACCCUCAUCUAGCGGACCAGGAUAAUGCCUGCGUCGCGAUGAUGCGAUUGAUUGAAUAGGAAACCAAGGGACACCCCCAAGAAAUAGGGUUAUGAUCAUGACGGAAUUUCUCAAGGAUGGUUUUUUCUUGGGGGUGCGUGGGGGGUUUCCUUGGGAACGUGUGUGUGUGUAAUGUGUCAAUGAAAUAAAAUUGUUUUCUAUUUUAC